UCAUAUUAUAUGUCUUUGUAAUAUGUAUCUCGAUGAGCAAACUUUUAUAAACAAUGUAGUUAGUAGUAAUACAUUUUAUACCGCCCCUGUUAGCAUUACUGUUUCCUGUGUCAAAAGUAACCGCUUGGCUAGCAACGCUGAUUUCUCUUCCAAAUAAAGCUGGUUAGCUUUGAAAUUUCAGUCUAAUGUCGGUAGUUAGUUGAAUUAAAGAACUCUACAAUGUUGCUGUUGUAAACGAUCGGAACUUCAGUGAAGCUUCGUCUGGUCUGACACCGCACCUUUUUGAUAUCUCACCGGAUAGAGUGUUGCUCUUUUCACAGGCUGGAGGCUAACAUACCUGUCAUUCAUUACAUGGAAUAAUUUUACGUGGAAACAGUUUUUCUAUCUCAUCGCACGUUGGAUGGGAUGGCUUUUGAAGAAACGUGGCAGUCGUCAGGAAGUGUCUACAGGAGUUACAUUUGACUAAAACUUUACACAUCUCGUACAUACUUUACUACAUCCAUAAAAAUGGAUCAGGCAAGUGGAGGAGAAGACCCCAACAAGCCAUCUAAAAAGAAAUCUGGUGAAGAUGAUGGUAAAAACAAAAAGCUGAACAUACACAUUAAAACACUGGCUGACGACAUGCGUGACCGGAUCACCAGCUUCCGCAAGCAAGGUGCGAAGAAGGAGAAGCCUCUCAUCCAGCACCCCACUGACCCCCUCUCUCCCCAGGCUGAGCUGCCCAUGCCCCAGCCCUUCUUGGACGAGCGCUCCAUGAACCUCUCCGAGAAGGAAAUCAUCGACCUGUUUGAGAAAAUGAUGGAGGACAUGAACCUGAACGAGGAGCGCAAGGCCCCGCUCCGGGGGAAGGACCUGAGCACCAAGCGUGAGAUGGUGGUCCAGUACAUCUCGGCCACUGCCAAAUCCAUAACUGGAAGCAAAGUGCCGGGAGGCCUGAGGAACAGCAAGCACGAGUGCACCCUGUCAUCCCAGGAGUACGUUCACGAGCUGCGCUCUGCCAUCACUGAUGAGAAGAUGCUCAACUGCCUGGAGUCCCUGCGCGUCUCCUUGACCAGCAACCCUGUCAGCUGGGUGAAUAACUUUGGCCAUGAAGGACUGGGUCUUCUUUUGGACGCGCUGGAGAAGCUGCUGGAUAAGAAACAACAGGAGAGCAUUGAUAAGAGAAGCCAGCACAAGCUCAUCCAGUGCCUCAAGGCCUUCAUGAACAAUAAGUAUGGCUUGCAAAGGAUUCUUGGCGAUGAAAGGAGUCUCUUGCUCCUCGCCCGAGCCAUUGAUCCCAAACAGACCAGCAUGAUGACCGAGAUAGUCAAGAUCCUGUCUGCCGUCUGCAUCAUAGGAGAGGAGAACAUCCUGGAUAAGAUCCUGGCUGCCAUGACCAUCGCUGCGGAGAGGAAUAACAAGGAGAGAUUCGCUCCGAUAGUGGAGGGCCUGGAGAAUCACGAGGCCCAGCAGCUGCAGGUUGCCUGUAUGCAGCUGAUCAAUGCCCUGGUGACCUCCCCUGAUGAGCUGGACUUCAGGAUACAUCUCCGCAAUGAGUUCCUACGCUGCGGCCUCAAGAAGAUCCUACCGGAUCUGAAAGAGAUGGAGGAGCUCGACAUCCAGCUGAAAGUCUUCAAUGAGAACAAAGAGGAGGACCGAGAGGAGCUGUCUCACCGCCUCGAUGACAUCCACGCCGAGAUGGAUGAUAUGAGUGAGGUUUACCACCUCCUGUCCAACAUGGUACGAGACACUGCAGCGGAGCCUUAUCUCCUCUCCAUCCUCCAGCACCUGAUGCUCAUCAGAAACGACUACUACAUCAGGCCUCAGUACUACAAGAUCAUUGAGGAAUGUGUGGCCCAGGUGGUGCUGCACCGCAGCGGGAUGGACCCAGACUUUGGGUACCGGGAGCGUUUAGAUGUGGACCUCACCCUCCUGAUUGACCAGUGUGUGGACAAGGCGAAGGUGGAGGAGAGCGAGCAGAAGGCCACAGACUUCUCUAAAAAGUUCGACGAGGAGUUCAACGCGCGGCAGGAAGCACAGGCCGAGCUCCAAAAGCAGGAGGAGAAAAUCAAAGGUCUGGAGGUGCAGAUCAGCACGCUGCAGGCUCAGGUUGCAGCAGGCCCAAGUGCCGCCGGUGCCCCUCCACCUCCACCACCACCUGGUGGAGCUCCACCGCCUCCUCCUCCACCCCCUCCCCCACCUCCACCUGGAGGCGGCCCCCCUCCCCCUCCGCCCCCUCCCCCUCUCCCGGCCGGCCUUGCUCCUCCUCCUCCACCACCCCCUCCACCCGGUUGCGGACCCCCGCCGCCUCCUCCUCCUCCUGGCGGGGGUCCUCCUCCGCCGCCCCCCUUCCCCGGGGGUCCUCCUCCGCCCAUGGCCCCUCCCGUUGUUAAGCUGCCUUACGGACUGGAAGCCAAGAAGGUCUACAAACCCGAGGCCGUUAUGAAGAGGGUGAACUGGUCCAAGGUCGUGCCUCAAGAGAUGGCAGAGAACUGCUUCUGGAUCAAAGUGAAAGAGACGCGGUUCGAGACUCCCGACCUGAUGGCCCAGCUGUCCCUUAGCUUCUCCUCCAAGUCCAGAGUGAAAAAAGAAAAGGUGGAUGAAACUGAUGACAGGAUGUCACAAUUCAAGAAAAAAGCCAAGGAGCUGCGAAUCCUGGAUAGCAAGACGGCCCAGAACCUCUCAAUUUUCCUGGGAUCGUUUCGGCUGCCGUACGAAGAGAUUCGAGACAUUGUGCUGGAAGUGGACGAGGAGAGGCUGAGUGAAGCUUUAAUCCAGAACCUGAUAAAGAACCUCCCGGAGCAGAAGGAGUUAAGUGCUCUGGCUGAGCUGAAGGGCGAGUACGAGGAGCUGUGUGAGCCGGAGCAGUUUGGCAUUGUGAUGAGCUCAGUGAAGCUGCUCCGCUCCCGCCUCAACGGCAUCCUCUUCAAGCUGACCUUCGAGGAGCAGCUGAGCAACGUCCGGCCGGACAUGAUGAACGUCACGUUCGCCUGCGAGGAGGUGAAGAAGAGCGAGAGCUUCAGCAAGCUCCUGGAGCUGGUGCUGCUGGUGGGCAACUACAUGAACGCCGGCUCCCGCAACGCCCAGACCUUCGGCUUCAACCUCAGCUUCCUCUGCAAGCUCCGAGACACAAAAUCGACAGAUCAGAACACCACGCUGCUUCACUUCCUGGCCGAGAAGUGUGAGGAGAUGCACCCUGAGAUCCUGAAGUUCCCAGACGAGCUGGAGCAUGUGGAGAGUGCCAGCAAAGUCUCUGCACAGAUUCUGAAGGCCAGUCUGGACAACAUGGAGCGCCAGAUCCAGAGGCUGGAGAACGACAUCACCAACUUCCCCAAGAGCGAGGACAAACAGGACAAGUUUGUGGAAAAAAUGUCCGGUUUCUCCAAGCAUUCGCGGGAGCAGUACGAGAAGCUCUCCAUCAUGCACAAGAACAUGCAGAAACUCUACGAGAGCAUGGGCAGCUACCUGGCCUUUGACCCCCACACCCUCAGCAUUGAAGACUUCUUUGGGGACCUCGCCAACUUCCGCUCCCUCUUCUUGGACGCUGUGAAGGAGAACCACAAAAAGCGGGAGAUGGAGGAGAAGAUCAAGAGAGCCAGGCUGGCGAAGGAGAAGGCAGAGCGCGAGAAGCAGGAGCGGCAGCAGAAGAAGAAGCAGCUGAUUGACAUGAACAAAGAAGGAGAUGAGACAGGAGUGAUGGACAGUCUAAUGGAAGCCCUGCAGUCUGGAGCAGCGUUCCGCGACCGGAGGAAACGGACCCCGCGAAACGGUGAUCAAAGCCCCUCCAGUCCAGCCUGUCGGUGGCCAGGCCCUAACCAUGCAGAUAACCGGCGAGCUGGUCUAGAGAGGUCCCGUUCGCGCCACAACCCCGGCCUGCUGCCCCGAUGAUCACCCUCCCGCCUGCCGGACGCCCACAGACGUCAGCCAAGUGCCAAAGAACCAGUGGAGGCAGGGAGUGGAAGUGUGUGUGUGGGGGGGUGGGGGUGGGGGGUCGGAGGGUAGAGGGUAGAGGGAGUAGAAGGUCAGGU